AGCAAAUAGCUCUUGGUUGCGCCGGUACUUUCACCGAUGCGCGAACCAAAUGGUCCUUCAAUCCCCCCUCCGCUCCACACAUGGGCGGAGUGUGGGAACGAAUGGUGCGGAGCGUAAAAGAAGGCAUGACUACGUUGGACGAUGGGCGCAAAUUGACCGAUGAAAUAUUGUGGACAACGCUUGUCGAAGUAGAGGGGUUGAUUAACUCCCGACCGCUCACCUACAUGCCGCAGGAGAUGAAUAAUUCCGAAGCCUUGACUCCAAAUCAUUUUAUAUUCGGAUGUUCGUCUGGUGCGCACGUGCCUAUGGAACCGCCGGUCGAUCUAGGAUGUGUCCUGCGGAGUAGCUUCCUAAGAUCUCAGCAUCUAGCGAACGACGUCUGGGAGCGAUGGUCGAAAGAGUAUCUUCCAACUAUCAACAGGAGGACUAAGUGGCUGGAUGAAGUCAGGUCUCUGAAGGUCGGCGACCUCGUCUAUGUGGCAGAAGGCAAGCGAAGAUCGUGGACGAGAGGUAUUGUAGAUGAAAUAAUUUCUGGCAAGGAUGGCAGAGUUCGACAAGCGAUUGUGCGGACAACAACCGGUAAGUUGAAGCGUCCAGUUGUAAAGUUGGCGAUGAUGGAACUUGGUGGAUCUACGGUGGACCCUCCCCUCGAUCCACGGGGCGGGGGAUGUUCUGGCAGCACGGACAACGACAAGCCGUCAGUGUCGACGACAGAAUAUGUUCGAAACUGAUUGUCAUCCAGACAAUAGCCAGAGAAGCAGAUGCAUGGCGAAUGAAUUGCUAAAGCUGUUUCCAUGAAAUUGUGAAUUGAAAAAUACGAAUAUUUUGUGAGAUUUAUCAGAUUAUAUAUUAUUAGGAGUGUUUCGGACUAAUGUGUGCUAGACACGGUUGCAUAUGGUGAUUUUGUGAAAUCGUAGCACAACCUAUGUCCGAUUACUAGAUCAAGUCCCACUUCUGAACCCACUGUAGCAUAAUUCCCUCUGCGUUACCGUAGUAAAUAGCACAGGUAAAGAGUAUUACCCAGAUGAUUACAUAAUACUGUAUUAAAUAGGAUUACCAUUACUUGGUUGUUGUUUAGGUGGUGAAUAGUAAUUCCUCCGCGUCGGCUAGAGUCCUGAGCCGGUAAGGAAAGACAAAAUGUAUGUACGAUAUGAAUUCCCUUAAAACAUGAAAAUAAAAGUUGCAUUUCUUUUAGCUUUGAGCUGCGCAAAUUGAAGCCUGCUGCGAGAUUUUUUCCUCUACCAACAA